UAAUUUUCCCUGUGAUUUGCCAGCACGAGGUGAACAGUGAAGAUGGGGAACUGAUCAUGGCCGAUGAUUACGACAUUGCCCUCCCUAGUCACUCUUCAGUGUCGCUGUUGGAGCUAGUUGAGAAUGUCGGAGUGCCAGAAACUCCAGAUAUCUUAGACAUUGACAGCUUAUCCCCCACUUAUUCAAACUCCACAUACACCAACUCAACCUUCACCAUGGACUCCUGCUCUCGUUACUAUGACGACAAUUACACAGGCUCAGAUGUGAUGUUGUUGGAGAGCCCUGAGGUUGUCAUCCAAACUACCAAACAGUCAGUAACUCCACCAAAACCUAAACACAAACUAGAGUUCAGUCUGAAGUGGUCAAAGAAAACCAAAUCUCGUCCAAAAGUGGAAUUCAGUCCUAUAAUUGAGAAAGGGAAGGUUCUGGUUGAGACUCGAGAAAUGGCAAAAACACCGUCACCUCCUAGACAAGCAGCACCUAAACAAGAGUUGUUCGGAACGUGGCCCAUAGUGGACGUUCUCCCGAGAACCUUCAGAGCCCGGUUUAUUGAUGACGAUGAGGUUUCAACUCCAGAUAACAACUCAUCUGUUAACAAUAAGAUUGAAAAGGAAGCCCCAAAGAUUCAGCCAGGGAAACACGACCAAAUGGAGAGGACCUCGUCCCCCGGCCUCAUUUCCCGUUGGUACUCGGGAGUAUUCAGGAAACGUGAGAACUGUGCCACCCCCAUCGCUGAUACUCUAGCUCAAACAUUUGCUGAAGGCCGGUUUGGUUUGAUGCACAUGUACAAAGAGGUGGCUUCAUUUUGGAUAAGGCAGUCCGGGAGAAUCAACUCGUUUCCUAAGGAGAAGAUUGCAUUCGGAGACCUAUAUCUUAGGACAGGAAAAUUGUUUGCGGAUAAGAUAACGGCUAACUGA